AUGGAUCAACAAUCCGCACUAGAUUCCGCCCUCGACACCCAGGGCCUCGCCGACGAGCAGCGCGGCCUCCUCGAGCUCAUCGACAAGCUGCAGUUCGCACAGCUUGACAAUGUCAAGCUGCCGCAAAUAUGUGUCGUCGGCGACCAGUCUGCCGGCAAAUCCUCCGUCCUCGAGGCCAUCACAGGCACCCCGUUUCCUCGAGAUGCAGGCGCAUGCACCAGAUUCGCGACCGAGAUCCGCCUGCGACGGGCGCCCGAGACCAGCUUGAACGUUUCUAUCAUCCCGGACAAGAACCGAGACCUCAAGGCACAAGAGGCCCUGCGAAGUUUUGGAGGCAAUGUGGACAGCAACAUGAGCUUCGAGCAGCUCAUGAGAUAUGCCGUGGACCUCAUUGCGCCCAAGAACAUACCCGGCCGCUUCGCUGCGCGGGACAUCCUCGUCGUUGAGAAGCGGGGCCCUGACAUGCCUCUGCUGACGCUGGUGGAUCUUCCUGGUCUUGUGCGCGUGGCGAAUCGGGACCAAUCCAUGGAUGACAUUAAAACCAUCGACUCUCUGUGCGAGCGCUACAUGAAGAGCUCGCGCACGAUUAUUCUCGCGGUAGUCGGUGGCAACAGCGAUUAUGUCCAGGCUCCGAUCCUCAACAAGGCGAGACAAUUUGACCCCACAGGUUCCCGCACCAUCGGCGUCCUGACGAAGCCCGAUCUUACCGAAUCUAUUGGUCUUGAAGACAAGUUUAUCGAGCUUGUUAACAACAAUGAUAAGGCAAACUAUUUUCAACUCGGCUGGUAUGUUCUCCUCAACCCUGGACCACGUGACGCCGGACAGCCCUGGCCUACGGGUCGUGAGCGCCGCCAGAGGGAAGAGGAGUUCUUCGGCCGGGGUAAAUGGCGCUCGCUGCCAGAGUCAAUGUGUGGCGCCGAUGCGCUCAAGCAGAAAUUGAGCGUCCAACUUCAGCGACACAUCGGUCGUCACGUAAAGACGCUGCGCCGACAGAUCCAGAAGGCUCUGGACGACACGGAGGCGGAGCUCAAGUCGAUGGGCGAGGGCAAGGACACGCCAGAAGAGAUGCGAAUAGAACUCGUGGAGCUCUUCAGCGCCUCCAAGGAGCUCGUCAUCCCUGCUGUCUACGGUUUCUACAAGAACCCACCUGGCAAGACAUUCUUCCGGUCUACCGCUGACCCACGAGGAACACCGGCGCAGAACCUGCGCGCAAGGGCGGCCGAGGAGAACGACGCUUUCAGCAACCGGGUUAGGGAACAUGGCCGCAAAUUCGGCUUUUCGCAUGCACCAGCAGGUGGAAGGGACUUGUCAGAAGAGCAGAAGCAGAACUAUGUCCGACAAGAGGUACAGAUGCUCCUCAGCCAGAUUCGUGGUUCCGAAUUCCCCGGUGACGCCAAGCCCCGAGCUGUGUACAUGCUCUUCCAAAGUUACUCCGAGUACUGGCCCAGGUUAGCGCAGGAGCACAAGGAUAACCUCGGCGUCGUCUGCAACGAAUUCCUGUCCGAGCUGAUCGACUAUUCAUGGCCGAGACGGAUGCGCGAGCCCCUCAGGCGCGAGUUCUUGGAUGUUCAACUAAAGCAGCUCAUGGACAAGGCGCAGAAGGAGCUCGAGCUGCUUUCGCAGGACAUGCACCUUGAGGUCCAGCCAUACGACCCAGAAUACGAAGAGAAGCUCCGCGCAUGGCAGGCUAAGUCGCUCAGCGAGGAAGGCGCGCCGCAAUGGUCCGAGGCGCAGGAGGUACUAGAGAAGAUGUUGAUUUACUACGAGUUGUCAGCAAAGUCCUUCAUCCGAAACACGAUCGUCCAAGUUAUCGAGCGACACCUGCUGCAGGGAAUGUACUCCGUCUUCGAGUCCCUGCACGUACUCAAGAUGUCCGAGGAGACCAUCCUCGCCAUCGCGGCCGAGAACAAGCAGACCCGCGAGCGCAGGAUGCUCCUCAAGAGCCGGCGGCAGGCGAUCGAGGAGGCCAAGGAUAUCUGUGCCAGCCUGGCCAUGCGAAAGGAGCUGAGGGCGUAUGCCAACGAGGCCGACGCCGAGGACGAGGAGACAAGCGACGAGGACGGUCCGCCCCGACGCCGACCAAGCAACAACAGACAGUCUAGCACCGCCGCACCGCCUCCCCCGCAGGCAAAGUCAAGAAAACCACCAGCGCCGCCGCAGCAAGCGAGCCGGCCCGAGGUCCACACCAACGGCAUCCAGCCCGGAUCGAACAACCCUUACGCCAACGGCAUGAACGGCGAGCACUACACCUCGCACACACCGACACCGAGCAGCGGCAACAAUAACAGGCGGACCGUAGAGAUCGAGCCAGAGGAGGACUUUUAUACGGCGCCCACGUCCGCACCUCCCCCGCCCCCUCCCCCGAGGCCCGACAAAGUGAGGCCGGGCUCGGCGAGGGACCAGCAGGAUGAUUUGUAUAGCGCGGACAGUAGACGUGACUCUUCUUCAGCUCCGCGAGAUGAAUACAAUGGGUACCCGGCGGUAGGCACCGCGCAGCAGGGCCGGAGGGGCGGGCAGAUUCGCAAGAUUUUGGGGAGGGUCUAA